UGGUGAUCAGUGCAAGCAGGUCUGUCAACGCGCAGUGCGAAUCCAUCGAUCGAUUACUUACAUCCAGCCCAACCGCAGCCACAUACAACAUGAAGUUCUUGCUCCUGAGCGUCUUCCUUUGCCUUGCCGUGUGCUUCAUGGUCACCAGUGCUGCUCCCCGCGAGGAGGCCAUUCCCGAGGGCUUCGAAGGUCCUGGCAGUGAGUCCGUCAACCCAUCCGACGACCAAUCUUUCCUGCUUAAGCUGAAGCUGCUCAAGAAGCUGCUGUUCCUGGGCUAGACACCACAACCUCACAUUUAUGGAUUUAUAGUUUAACUACAUGUGUUUAGGUUCUUAAGAAGAAAAAAAA